AUGAAGCUGCACUGCGAGGUGGAGGUGGUCAGCCGGCACUUGCCGGCCUUGGGGCUGAGGAACCGGGGCAAGGGCGUCCGGGCGGUGUUGAGCCUCUGUCAGCAGGCGCCCAGGACUCCGCCGGGUCCCAGAGCUGGAGGCGAGCGGGGCGGCCGUCACCCCGCCUGCUUGUUCAUUUCCACCCUGAAGGACAAGCGCGGGACCCGCUAUGAGCUAAAGGAGAACAUUGAACAGUUCUUCACCAAAUUUGUGGAUGAGGGGAAAGCCACUGUUCGGUUAAAGGAGCCUCCUGUGGAUAUCUGUCUCAGUAAGGCCAAUUCCAGCAGUCUAAAGAGUUUCCUUUCAGCUGUGCGACUGGCUCAUAGAGGCUGUGAUGUUGAGGCACCACUUUCAACCCUCACACCAGUGAAGACUUCAGAAUUUGAAAAAUUUAAAACUAAAAUGGUUAUCACAUCCAAAAAGGACUAUCCUCUAAGCAAGAACUUCCCCUAUUCCCUGGAACAUCUUCAGACUUCUUAUUGUGGGCUUGUCCGGGUUGAUAUGCGUAUGCUUUGCUUAAAAAACCUUCGAAAAUUAGACUUGAGUCAUAACCAUAUAAAAAAGCUUCCAGCUACAAUUGGAGACCUCAUCCACCUUCAAGAACUUAACCUGAAUGAUAACCACUUGGAAUCAUUUAGUGUAGCCUUGUGUCAGUCUACACUCCAGAAGUCACUUCAGAGUUUGGAUAUCAGCAAGAACAAAAUUAAGGCACUCCCCGUGCAGUUUUGCCAGCUCCGAGAACUUACAUAUUUAAAACUUGAUGAUAAUGAAUUGAUUCGCCUUCCUUUCAAGAUGGGACAACUCAGGAACCUGCGGUUUUUGUCAGCAGCUCGAAAUAAGCUUCCAUUUUUGCCUAGUGAAUUUAAAAAUUUAUCCCUUGAGUACUUGGAUCUUUUUGGAAAUACUUUUGAACAACCUAAAGUCCUUCCAGUUAUACACCUGCAAAUGCCAUUAACUUUACUGGAAUCUUCUGCACGAACCAUAUUAUAUAAUAGGAUUCCAUAUGGCUCUCAUAUCAUUCCUUUCCAUCUUUGUCAAGAUUUGGAUACUGCAAAAACCUGUGUUUGUGGAAGAUACAGUAUAAGCAGUUUUAUUCAAGGAACUACUACCAUGAAUCUACACUCUGUUGCUCACACUGUGGUCUUAGUAGAUAAUAUGGGUGGUACUGAAGCACCUGUUAUUUCUUACUUCUGUUCUCUAGCCUGUUAUGUAAAUUCUUGUGAUAUGCUCAAGUAA